AUGAAAGCCAUCCCACCGCGGCUCUCUUCCCGCACCGGCAGUCGCGGUCGUGCCACGCCUACAAGAAUGCCAGAUCCUGGGAAUGAUGAAGCAGAGCUGAACAUCAAACAGACGCCUCCGUCAGGGACUUCAGGCGUGAACAAGGCACAUGCUCACCGUACUAUCAGAUCCCCCUUAUCGGACAGGGUGCAGGAGAAGAGGAGGGCGUUUGAGGUUACUUCAUCGACGGAAGCCUUCGACCCCUCGGGACCUGAAAAAGGCGACAAUGAAGCUCGGCUGCCAGAUUUGAUUUCAAUUGAGUCAGACAAUAGCCAGGAGGCCGACAAUAGCAAGCAGUCUUUGGACGGCAAAACUCCGACAAAGAGGAGAUCUGUCAAGGCCCUGGCUGCCAUGUUUGAAGGGCAUGACUCUCCGGGGGCGGCUCGGAAGCUUUGGUUGAACGAUGCCAACCUAGCUGAAGGGGCAGAUGACGAGAAGCCCGCGCUAUCGCGAAGUCAGAGCGAUUCACAAAAGCCUGUCCACCGCUCCGAGGCUGCUCCGGAUGUGGAACUGCACGACAUGGCAACGGAAAAAGACGAUGAAGCAGGGCCAGUUUCGAUCUUUUCCGCCGCAGGUCAAGACAGUUUGAUCUUGAACGAAGACACAUCGGUCCUUGUCAGGCCCGUUCUGGAGAUUGAGCAGACAGUGCAGGAGCUGGACCGACUGGUGGAUGCCAAAUCGGCAGAGGUCGCGCAGCUUAAGCUGAGAGUCACGCUGCUGGAAGAGACAGAUACUGACACGGCCGCUCUUCGCCAGCAGCUGAACGUCGCGGUCAGAGAGGCCCAGCGGUGGAGGGAAAAGGCGGAGGCUGCCGAGAAAAAGGCGCGCAUCUUCCAAAAGUUUACACGGCGCAUCAGGAGCAUCCACAGCUCGCUUGCCGUGGGCGAAGGAUCGCGGGUCAGCGGUGAUGCCAAUGAGACGGUUUCUACGAAGGGCGAGGAUGCGGAGGGGUCGUAUAGCGUGCACAGAGUACGAUUUCAUAUGGGGUUGGCAGAUGGAGCUGGGUCUUCGAGUGCCAUGAGCACGGAGGCUGGCCCUGUUGCUGGUGGAAGCACGGAGACUGAAGGCGAGAUUGUCGUUGAGGAGGUGGACGAUGGCCAAGAGUUGACAUCACCAUCGACGGCAACGCCGUUAUCGAGCGAGCAGGGAGCUCCCUUUCCAGUUCCGCCUGGCUUACCUGCUUUGCAUACAAGCUUGGACGGAGUGGUGAGCCCCCUGGCAGGGGCAGGGCGAGGCGCGAUGGACUUGAGCUCUGCGGCCAUGGCCAUGUGGGUUGCCACGCAGGAGCUGCUGAUGAUGGAGGACGAGGAGGCGUCGGGCCACACGCCCGAUAUCUCUACGGCUUCGACAGAUGGUAGAUUUUCUGAGUCUUUUCUGUCGGAGGAAUAA